UACAUGUAUGCAUGGCCUAGAAGAACGCAGAGGAUUGGAUAAGAGUAAUAAUGGCAGGCUUGAUGCAAUCCUCUGCAUGCAGAAGACCUAACUUCUUUCGUGGCUUCGGUAGCUAUAGAAGUUUGCGUAGAGCUAGGAAAUUUGAACAUUUGAAUUUGUGUCCAGUAAACUUGAGAAGCGAUGCAAACGUAGAAGCACAGAAAAGAGCAAAUGCAGCAACAAUAGACAGUGUGAGCACUGAUGGGGAUAAGAGUUCCUCUUCCUUAUCUUUCAAGUCAAGUGAGAAAUUUGAAAACCCAAAGUGGAAAAAUGGCACCUGGGAUAUUCAACAAUUCACUAAAGACGGCAAAGUAGACUGGGAUGCUGUAAUUGAUUCUGAGGUGCGGAGGAGAAAAUGGUUAGAGGAUAAGCCGGAAACAUCCACCAACAGCGAACCUGUUGUUUUUGAUACAUCUAUAGUUCCAUGGUGGGCAUGGGUAAAGAGAUUCCAUCUACCUCAGGCUGAACUACUAAAUGGUCGUGCUGCGAUGGUAGGAUUUUUCAUGACUUAUGUGGUUGAUAGUUUGACUGGAGUAGGUCUUGUGGACCAAAUGAACAGCUUUUUUGGAAAGUUAUUUUUGCUGAUUGCUGUGACUGGUGUGUUAUUUAUUCGAAAUACUGGAGAUGUGGCGAACCUGAAGCAAAUUGUCAAGGAAUUCAAUUUAUAUGACAAGCAAUGGAGAGCCACAUGGCAAGAUGAGAAACCAGAAGAUCUGGGGGAAAAAUAAAAGUUAUGCAGGAAUAAACAGUUUUCUAUCGGUAUGUUUUCUUGCUGAAACAACGAGAUUAGAAAUGUGUCUGAUCAUUUGGAGUUUUCUUUGUUCUAUAUUUGAGGUCUAUUUCAACCAAAUUGACAAUAGAGAGACUGGAUUCUUUUCUCAAUUUACCUAUAAGUGGUUCUGGAAAAUGGUGACUUGAUAUUUGCUUAUUGGAAUAUUAUAAAACAAUCGUGCAAUUUAAAUAGAGUUUUCAUUCUUUAUUUUAA